GAGGGCGCGGGCCUGGAGGAGGCGCCCAGGCCAGCAACGCCUCUGGAGGAAGUUGGCCCUUUAAUUUCAGAGCCGGGUUCCCGGUCGCAUCCACGUUCAGCUGCGAGCCUCAGGCAUCGCCUGUCCGAAGCGCUUAGUCCUCUGCUCCGGGUGCGGCACCGCGGCCAUGGGCGGCUCGGCCUCCAGCCAGCUGGACGAGGGCAAGUGCGCCUACAUCCAAGGAAAAACUGAGGCUGCUAUAAAAAACUUCAGUCCCUACUACAGUCGCCAGUAUUCUGUGGCUUUCUGCAAUCAUGUGCGUAGUGAGGUGGAACGGCAGAGAGAUUCAACAUCACAACUUCUGAAGACCAAGCCACCCUUGGAACCAGGAACUGUUUUGUAUGAAGCAGAGCUCUCACAGUUUGCCGAAGACAUAAGGAAAUGGAAGGACAGAUACAUUGUGGUUAAAACUGAUUUUGCUGUGGAAAGCUAUGAGAACAAAGAGGCCUAUCAGAGAGGAGCUGCUCCUAAAAGCCGAAUUCUUCCAGCUGGUGGCAAGGUGUUAACCUCCGAAGAUGAAUAUAAUCUGUUAUCUGAUAAGCAUUUUCCAGACCCCAUUGCCUCCAGUGAGAAGAACUCUCAGCCCUUUGUGGUCCUGCCCAAGGAGUUCCCAGUGUACCUCUGGCAGCCUUUCCUCAGACAUGGCUACUUCUGCUUCCAUGAAGCUGCUGAGCAGCAGAAGUUCAGCGCCCACCUGAGGGACUGCAUCAGACAUCUGAAUCACGAUUACAUGAAGCAGAUGACAUUUGAAGCCCAAGCCUUCUUAGAAGCUGUGCAGUUCUUCCGGCAGGAGAAGGGUCACUAUGGCUCAUGGGAAAUGAUCACUGGGGAUGAAGUCCAGGUCCUGAGUAAGCUGGUGAUGGAGGAACUGCUGCCAACCCUUCAGACUGACCUGCUGCCUAAAAUGAAGGGGAGGAGGAAUGACAGGAAGAGGGCCUGGUUUGGUCUCCUAGAGGAGGCUUACAACCUGGUCCAGCACCAAGUUUCAGAAGGAUUAAGUGCUUUGAAGGAGGAAUGCAGAAUGCUGACAAAGGGCCUAGAAGGGACCAUCCGCUCAGACAUGGAUCAGAUUGUGAACUCAAAGAACUUUCUAACUGGGAAGAUCAAAGCAAUGGUGGCCCAGCCAGCUGAGAAAAGCUGUGGGGAGAGUGUGCAGCCGUUCCUGGCAUCCAUUCUGGAGGAGCUCAUGGGGCCGGUGAGCUCAGGCUUUGGUGAAGUACGUGCACUUUUCGAAAAAGAAGUGGAUGAACUCAGCCAGAGCUUCCAUGCCACCAAAGAUGGUGUCCAGCUAAAGGAGCAUCUAGACCAGCUUUUGAAACUUCCACUGGAUUCUGUGAAGAUGGAACCUUGUUAUGCUAAAGUCACCCUGCUUCCGGAGCGCCUGCAGGAUCUCCAGACCCGCUUCAGAUUCCCUCACGUUGAUCUGGUGGUCCAGAGGACUCAGAACUACAUGCAAGAGCUCAUGGAGAAUGCAGUGUUCACUUUUGAGCAAUUGCUGUCCCCAUACCGCCAGGGAGAGGCUUCCAGAACAGCAGCUGCCAUUGAGAAGGUUAAGCUCCGUGUUUUAAAGCAAUAUGAUUAUGACAGCAGCACCAUCCGGAAGAAGAUCGUUCAGGAGGUACUGGUUCAAAUCACACUUCCUACUGUGCAGAAGGCUCUGGCAUCCACAUGCAAACCAGAACUUCAGAAAUAUGAGCAGUUCAUCUUUGCAGAUCAUACCAAUAUGAUCCACGUUGAGAAUGUCUAUGAAGAGAUUUUAUAUCAGAUCCUCCUUGAUGAAACUCUGAAAGUGAUAAAGGAGGCUGCUAUCUUGAAGAAACACAACUUGUUUGAAGAUAACGUGGCCUUGCCCAGUGAAAGUGUAUCUAGCCUGACAGAUCUCAAAACCUCCAUAGGGUCAAACCAGGCUAGUCCAGCCAAGAAAGUAUCUUCCAUUUUACCAGGAGCUCCAGACAAUGAGCCCCCAAAUAAUGAAGUGUUCCAGGAGCUAGAGGAAAAGAAGCAACCUGGGAUGCCUGGCUUGUUGGUCAGAGAAGAAAGCCCUUUCUGCCCUGAGCCCAGUCCACCUUCAGCUGCAGAUGGGCAGGUGACUACAUCCAGUGUGGAUAACCCUGCUGUGAAUCCUGCAGCUACAAAGGAUGUGGCAGGAACCCUCAGUACAUCCUUGUCAGAAAUGAAAGUUGGGGGGACCCCUGAGGAUGAAGAACACAUCCAUAGAAAACCAGAAUCCGUUACUGCCUCAGGAUCCUUGAAGGAGCUGAGAGAGUUGUUGACCGUGACCAUUGAAGUGCCAGUGGAGCCUACCCCGGAAAUUGAAAAAGACACAUACGAUGAGACACUUGCUCCCCAAGAAAAUGAAAAAGAAGAGGAAAAAGGCCAGAUCUACCCAGAGGCCAGUCAGACUGCCUCUGUCCAUCAGGACAACAGUGAAGAAGGUGAAGUCAGUGAGAGGCAGGCCCAUCCUACCCUUCUGGAGGUGGAGGCUCCUGGAGUGGACUUGGGGACAUUUCUGGAAGCUAGCAGCCCUACCUCUCAGUCCACUGGUGGAGAGUUCACCAAGGACACCAGCUACACAGGCUCCAUGGUGGAGCCAGCCAAAGCUCUAGAGCCCACUGAGGCUAUGGAGUCCACUGGGAGGGUGCUCCCAGCCACAGAUUCCACACAGGACACCCAUGAAGGAGGCGAGGCUCUCCCUACUGUGCAGGGUGAGGUCGUGCUGCAAAAAUAUGCCACUUCAAGUUCUGACCCCAUCUGUCCCGUGGAGAAGAAUGAGAUACCUCAAGUUUCUGAGGAACAAGAAGUGAUAGGGGCAGACAGCAGUUCAGUCCAAGCUGUGGAUACAGAGGAGGUCCAGGCUGCCCAUGUCCAUGAGUGCCAGUGGGUGGUAGAGGAUGCUCCAAACACCGACAUCCUAGAUGUACAUAAUCAUGAUGUGAGCGCCUCAGAGCAGCCCUCAGAGGAGUGGUAGGAACAAUUUGGCUGUAGGUUUUCAUUGAAAACUGUCAGUCAAAGGGUUAUAGUUAUGGUAUACUUAGGGGAUUGCAUGUGAAUUCUAUAAAACUUAUGAUAUGAUUCCUUAAUUUGAAUAACAAUGCCAGAAGAAAUAUAUACAGGGCAUAAGCACUGAGGCUGACUUUGGGGAACUGAAUUGCUCCCCAUGAAUGAUUGCUUUAGAAUUUUAAUAGCGAUUACAAAAGCGCUUGAGUACUUGGGGCAAAAAAUAGCUAAAAGGACUCCAGAGAUGAGGGCAACAUUGCAGUGGGGACUGAAACAGCAGGAGCACACUUCUCGAUAUUCUCUUCACAUUUUAGUGGUACAAUUUUUGCUUCACUUUAAGGCCUUCUCAUUUUUAGUAAGAAUGCAAAUGUCUACUGUAACUCCAGCCUUGCCAUCUGCUCCAUCAGCUUCUAGGCAGCUCAUAAGGAGCAUUUGUCCAUAGUCGGGCUGCAAGAAAGGGAAGGUCAUGAACACCAGGCACCUCUGCUGUGUGCAGCUCCCCAGAGCCAGCCAUGCCUGGUAAAUCUCAGGAGAUGCUGAGCAGAAAUCCAAGGAAGGAUUUGGUCUGUGGGACUAUCUGGGCCUGUUCCUGAUCCUGUUAUCCAUCCCUUGUUAAUUAAUCUUGUUGAUUUAUAUCAAUUACUCACCUAAGAAAAUUCAGAAGAGGCAAGGAAAUUUCAUUGGCACAUGAAAGCCUGAAAGUCUUCCACAUUAGCCUUGGACUGUGAAAAGUGCUUGGCUAAAUUAUUGUGCUCAAAACAUACCAAUUAUUUGACAUUAUUUGAACAGCUACUACAUGCUGUGUUAGGCAUAGUAAUAAGAUAAGGUACUUUGCCUCAUAUAAAUUAUAAGGCUCAUGAGAAUUUAGUAUAGAAGAAAAAAAAUUUCUUCCAACUUUUAAAUUUCAAACCACUACAGCUUUCUCUUUCCAUUCACAGUCCUGGUUUAUUCUCAGAAGGGAAUGAAUGAAUGAAUGAAUGAAUGAAUGAAUGAAGAAAUGAAUGAAUCACCAACUAUAUGUCAUUAAGUUCCAAAGUUGUUACUAAAAGUGUAAAUCAUUUCAUCAGUGGAUAAAUUAAUUGAGUCUGUGUUAGGUACCACACUAAGGGCACCAUGGUAAGAAGGUCACUAUUCCUUCUUUCUAGAUGGAAACAAAUAAACAUAUCUUUUAAUAGACUGCAAACCAUACCUGCUAAUAUUUGAGAUAUAGUAGACUUACUUGCUACAGAUCAAAAAGAUGUAUUCUGUUGUCCUUCAGAAAACCCAAGAUUGUUCCCUAAAAGUUUCAGUCUCAGGUAGCAGAACCAGAGCUUCCCUCCACAAAUUUUAACAUUAGAGCUUGUUUUACUCAUCAGCUUCAAAUACCUUCUUUAAAGACGUUGUCCUACACUUCAGCCAUUUAAGUAGGAAUUAAGCUAUUACCCUCCCCACCCUUCCCAUGAAAAAUUUCUUAGAUUUCUUAGUCAUAAAGGAUGAGUAACAACCAGUGUCAGCAUGGUUUCAUAUAUUAAAUCGUUUCACAUUCUCUUAGAGUGUUUGGACCCUUAGUGCUUAUGAGAGAUCCCAUCAUAGGUGAGGAAGGUUUGGCUGAUGCCCCGAGGUCCCUGCUUAUUCAGUGCUUGCUCCUACCUGACCUUGAGCCUGGUGUACUGAAAUUGUUUACUUCCUAUCUCUCCCAGAAGCUCCUUUCUUCAAGGACAGAAAGGGAUUAGUCAUCAUUUGUGCUUCCUGCUAGAAACCCACAGCCUUGAAUAAUGGCUUCCUGCAUGCCAAGUAACUUUACUAUCCCAAUGCCUAGCACAGGAGCUGACAAGUUUCAUACUGCUCAGGAGAUGUGGGAACUGAACAGCCAGCAUGCUGCUGUACAGGAGCUAUUUGGGGCUUGCUGUUAGGCCGGGGGAUGUUUUUAAUUAGGCUUUCUGACCUUGUUGAGUAUUCCCAUAAAUAAAGUCCAAAGCCAAAGGGGCAGAUGGCCAAAUGGCUAGAAGUACUGCCCAGAAAGGCAGGCAGCCCGUAGAGUAGUGUCUAAUCCAACAAAGGCUCCCUUCUCCCUAGGAGAAUCAUGGCCACCAUGGACUCCUAGAUCAGGGCAACCCCAUUCCAGAACUUCCCAUCUUCCCCUUUUUGCUCACCUUAAGACUUCUCCUAUCUCUGGAGAGCUGAGAGCAAAAGAGAGCUCUCAGCAUUGGCUGGAUGAGUAUCAGUGCCACUCAUGAAGGCCAGAGAGAACCAGGCACUAGGCAGCACAAUGUCCUAGAAAACACAAAGAGCUCUUCUGUACAUAUUUCAAACGGACAAAGUCUCAAGAAUAAGCAGGACAGCUGCUGCACUGGAAGAUGGGAAAGGGAAGUGAGGUGCAUUAAAAUGUGCUUAUGGGAACUUGUUGAAAGCUUAUCUUGGGUUUUGUCAAUUUGUGUGUGUGCUGGUGUUUCCCUGUGGCAGCAAGGUGGUUGAGAUCCGAAUGGGAAAUCUCUGACCUAGGCAAAGCCAUUAGAGAUGGAUAGUUUUUGGCAAAAACUCCAGGACUUUAAACCAGUUAUGUUACUAUUGACCUUUAACAAAGAAAGAAAUUUUCCUUGAAGGAAAAAUGUUGGCUUGUUAUUUUCUCCUACGUAGCCUGGCACGGUAGUGUACUGCAUUAUGCAGAGUAAAAUUUCCAAAAAAAAAAAAAAAAAAAAAAAAAAAAAAAUUUUAA